AUGAAUGAAUACAUCAAUCUUGGCCACAUAGUACUCGUACCGGAUGAUAGUGGACCAGGGUAUUAUAUGCCCCAUCAUCCGAUAAUAAAAACAACCAGCACUACCACUAAGGUACGCGUUGUAUUUGAUGCUUCAGCUAAAACCGAUAAAGGUAUCUCUUUGAAUGAAGUCUUACUAACCGGACCUACUAUACAAGAUAAUCUUUUUACCAUUCUCUUACGUUUUCGUACCUUUGUUUAUGCUAUGACUUCUGAUAUAGCUCAAAUGUAUCGACAAAUUUGCGUACAUCCGGAUCAUCAUAAAUAUCAACGAAUCCUUUACUAUCAUAAUAACAAUAUUAGUACCUUUGAACUUAAACGAGUAACAUUUGGAGUUUCCGCAGCCCCGUUUUUAGCUAUACGCACUGUAAAUCAACUUGCUGAUGACGAAUCUCAUAAUUUUCCUGUAGCUUCGAAAAUAUUAAAACGAGAUCUUAUAUGUCGAUAA